AUGAGAGUUUACAAAGAUAUCUUAGGUUAUUACAAGGACGAGCUCUUCUCAGAUGCUUUCCCAAUUGCCGAUCUCGGUGUUGUCUAUGAAGUCACUACCAAGCAAGUCUCAAAGGACUUGAACGUUAAGGUUGACACUGGUGCCAACGAAUCCACCGAAGAGGGUGAAGAGACUGAAGGUGUUGCCGAUGCUGGUAUCAUCACCGUCAACAACUUGGUCGACGCUCACCGUCUCCAAGCCACCAACUUCGACAAGAAGGGUUACCUCACCUACUUGAAGGGUUUCAUGAAGGAAGUCGAGUCAUACUUGGCCUCCAACAACCCAACCCGUGUUGACACCUUCAAGAAGGAAGCUCAAGAGUACGCCAAGAAGGUUCUCGGAGAGUUUGACAAAUACACUUUCUGGCAAGGUGAGAACCUCGACGCCGAAGGUAUGGUCGCCCUCUCAUACAAGAAGGAUAAUGAUGCCAACGAAUACUUUGUUUUCUGGAAGGAUGCCUGUGUUGUAGUGAUAAUAACAAUGAAGAAAAGACAUCAUUCAUAUAAUAGUCAAUUGAAUUUGUUACCAACAUCCGGUGAUAUUAAACACUACUAUGGUAUAUAUAUAGGUUACGGUGUAAAGAUACCGAGUUUCGAUGAAGGUUUAGAUCUUUAUCAUAGAGGUUGUUUUGGUAAAGGAACACUCUCAAGAUCAAACCCAAUCUAUCAUCAAAUCAAACAACAACUUCAACAAUCUCAUCAAGAAACAGAAGAAGAAGAUGAAGAAGAUGAAGAUGACUCAUCAAGAGGUGGUGUAUUUCACGUUAAAAAUUUAAAAAGAUACAAAGAUAUUAUAAGAGAUACAAACAAUAGUAAUGAUAAUCAACAACCAUUAAAAUAUCAAAGAAUCAACGAUAACAAUAAUGAUAAUGAUAUUACGGAAGAUGAUAUUCAAGAAGAUAUGCAAUUAAGUUUAUAUGAGGCAUUUUAUUUAUUAUACGGUCUUGGUUGUUUAACUAUUCUACGAGAACCUACAACAGAAGAAGUCAACGAGUAUAAAAAUAACAUUGAAAGUAGUAAUAAUAGCAAUAAUAAUGAUAGUUUAAAUAGUAGUAAUCAUAAAAAUAAAAAGAUAUUAACGUCUAUGACAAUAGAAGAAUGUUGGAAGUUAUUCAAUGAAGAAGACGAUAGAUUUCUACCUAAUUAUAUCGCAUAUCAUCAUUUUAGAUCGACUGGUUGGAUACCAAGGUCAGGUUUAAAGUAUGGUUGCGAUUUCGUACUUUACAAACUAAGACCAGAGUUGGUGCAUGCUCAAUAUCAAGUGGUUGUCCAGUAUCUAAAUGAAUAUGAACGAAACAACACCACUUCUAGUAGUAGUAGUAGUUAUGGAGAAGACAACAGUUACAACUCAAACAAUACAAUAUCAGAUAGUUGGGUAAACCUGGGUAGAAUGAAUCGUGUAUCUGAAUCUGUUGCAAAGGGUACUAUCAUCUUCAAUAUAGUGAGAAACAACAACAACAAUAGUAAUGAAAGAAAUAAAAAUGAUCCUGGUGGUUCAAUGCAUUACACGAAACAGGUAAUACGUGGUGGCGCUUGUGAUGUUGAUCAAACAACAAUCCAACAGCACCAACAACAACAACAACAACUAUUUACUUUUUUAAUUGUUUUUGUUUUUGUGAUGAUUCCAGCUGAUACUUGUUUUUUAGGUUGUUUGUUUGUCACUUGUGCUGUUGUUGUUUUUGGUUUCUGCUCCACUUCUUUAGAAAAGAAUCAAAAUCAAUCUCUAUUUAUAAAUAUCAACAUCAGUCCCUUAAAAAUUUAA